GUCAGACUGCUGUGAUUGGUCGAUACGAAAAUACUAACUUGCAUGUUCCAGGCAACUGAAACUGACUGACUGUGUUUCAGUGUGUUUCAGUGCUUCAGUGUUUCAGUGUUUCAGGACACAAUGGAGAAGAUUUUAUGUAAUGUUCACGGCAGCCUGUGUAUGCUAAAAACAGGUGUUAGAGAUGGACCAACUAAAGGCAAAAGCUUCUACGUCUGCGUUGACAAACAAGGCUGUGAUUUCAGUCAUGUGGCCAGCGUCUCACCAUCCCACUGCCUCCAACAUGAAGAUUCAAUGGUGGACCUCCAAGCUCUCAGCUACAGUCUACAGCAGCAGAGCCACAGGUUGUACUACAGGUGUGUCGCGGGUAAAAAAGCAGGCCAGAGGUGGUGUGGAAACUUGCCCUGGACUGCACCGCCGGAGAAAGAAAAGAGAAACCCUCUGUCGGACACCCAGCUACAGCCCUCCUGCCUGCCGCCGGUCCGGAACCCCUUUAAAGCCCCCGACAAGACGGACAAGGACUCUGAGUGGAGAAGGAUGCAGCGUGGUGGAGGUGAUGAGAAAAGAAGCAAGGAGAAAGACAGCGAGGCGAGUCACAAGGCCGAGGGACGAGAAGGUUAUCAGAAAGAAAAUGUGGAGAGCGUCGGUGCAGGAGCGGAGGAAGAAGAAGAGGAGGCAGGGAGUUCAGCGGUUUCUUACCGAGGUAAACAACUUCCACCGGGGAUGAAGUUAAAGAAGAGAGUUUCACAUGAGGAGAGAAACUGUCCCAAAGCCGGCAGUGAGGAGAACACGACGGAUAAGGGGCAAGACAAGACUAAAGAGAACCACACCGAGAAGGGCGGAGUAGAAAAAAGGAUUUCUACCUCCAGUGUCCAGGCUGUUCCUCCAGAGAAAGUGAGUCAAACCUCACAGGAUCCUCACAAGGACUCGCCCCAGCGACCAAAUCUGGUGGAACAAACUGACCCUGCUGUAAAAGAGAGCGUCUCUAAAUCUGCACCAAGUAGUAGCACCCCGACUUCCAGAGAUAACACCAGAAACCCCAUAUCUAUCAAACCAACACACUCCGACUACCGUCAAACUGGUGAUGAUGAGGAUGAGGAUGGAGAUGAUGAUGAUGAGGAGGAUGAUGAUGAUGAUGAUGUAGUGGUGGUUUCAGUGAAACCGGCCACUCAGAAAACUCCUCCUGUCUCUGCUGUUCAAAAGCCCCUGACCACCUUCGCUGGGUUCCAGCCAGCGUCUAAGGUCAAAGGUCAGCAGGGCGAUCCCAGAGUGCUGCACAGCGUGCUCACCGCUCAGCUCCAGCAGAAGAAGGCGACUCUGUCUGCGGUGAACUUGGCGGCUCUGCCAGAUAAAGGGGAGCGGUUGAGGACUCAGGUGAAAGAGCUGGAGGACACGCUGGACUCUCUGAGCAUCACUGCUGCUUCUCAGCCCGGGUCCCAGGGUGGAGGUACCAGCGGUGCUGCCGGUCCAGUUAUCAGCCAGUUUAACCCAUUCGGCCGGCCGGGCGGCACCAUCCUGCUCCCCGCCCCCCAAGCCCCGGGUCCCUCCAGAGACCAGGCCUCCAGCAGCUCCCUGGGGCUCCAGAUGAGCCAGGGACACAGCCAAAUGUAUGGAGCUAACCCACAGGUCCAGUCCUUCUACGGAGGCAGGAUGACGUCGGACCGUCUGCUGGCGGUGAAAAAUGCCACCUGCGAGACCAUCGACCAUCUCCACAAAUCCAUGGAGUCGUGCCCCGACACUGAGGCUGAGACUGCAGACCCCAAGGGCAUCAAGGUGACGCUCCUGGCCCAUCAGAGGAGAGCUCUGGCCUGGCUGCUCUGGAGAGAAAACCAAAAUCCCUGUGGAGGAAUUCUGGCGGAUGACAUGGGUCUGGGGAAAACGCUGACCAUGAUAGCUCUCAUUCUGGCCACGAAGAUCAAGACUAAAGAGGAAGAGAAGAAGGAAGAGAAGAAGCUGGAGGACUGGGUCUCCAAAGCUGACUCCAGCCUGGUGGUUUCUAAAGGCACCCUGAUCAUCUGUCCCGCCUCGCUGAUCCACCACUGGACGAGGGAGAUCGAACGACACGUGAAGACGGGCAGGCUGACGGUGUACCUGUACCACGGCCCCAACCGAGAGAAGAGUGCCAGAGUGCUGGCAGAUUAUGAUGUGGUGGUGACCACGUACAGUUUGGUCUCUAAGGAGAUCCCAGUCCAGAAGGAGGACGCACAGAAGCCCAGCAAAGAUGAUACUGCUGUGACGCCAUGCUCUGCUCCUCUUCUGCGGGUGACCUGGGCCCGGGUGGUUCUGGACGAAGCCCACAACAUCAAAAACCCCAAAGUGCAGACGUCCAUGGCCGUCUGUCAGCUGAGGGCCGACGCCCGCUGGGCCGUCACCGGUACGCCCAUCCAGAACAACCUGCUGGACAUGUACUCGCUGCUCAAGUUUCUGCGUUGUUCUCCGUUCGACGAGUACAAAGUGUGGAAAGCUCAGGUGAACAACGGCUCGAAUAGAGGCCGAGAGAGACUCAACAUCCUGACGAGGACUCUGCUGCUCCGACGAACCAAAGACCAGCGGGACUCCAAAGGAAGACCUCUGGUGUCUCUUCCUGAUCGGACCUGCGAGGUGCAUCAACUCAAACUGUCCCAGGAUGAAAAGGCGGUGUAUGACGUGGUCUUUGCCCAAUCCAGAUCUACUCUGCAGAACUACCUGAAGAGACACGAAGGAAAAGAUGUGAAAACGGGAAACGCUUCCACUUCCAAUCCCUUUGACAAAGUAGCCCAAGAGUUCGGUAUGUCCCAGGCGGACCCUGCUGUGUCGAGUUCCCAGCAGCCCCGGCAGGCGUCCAGCACCGUCCACAUCCUGUCCCUGCUGCUGCGCCUCCGACAGUGCUGCUGUCACCUGUCACUUCUCAAGAAGACUCUCGACACGUCGGAGCUGCAGGGUGACGGCAUCGUGUUGUCUCUGGAGGAGCAGCUCAACGCUCUGUCGCUCUGCUCCGGCCCCUCGUCAUCAUCGGACCCUCACCCCACCGACACCGUGGCACUUAACGGCACCCGCUUCCCCUCACGGCUGUUUGAGGACGCCAGUGAGAGCACCAAGAUUGCUGCUAUUAUCUCUGAGCUGGAGGCAAUCAGACAGCAGAGUGACGAUCAGAAAAGCGUGAUCGUGUCCCAGUGGACCAGCAUGCUCAAGAUUGUGGCCGUUCAUCUGCGUCGGAUGGGCCUGAGAUACGGCGUCAUCGACGGGACCGUCAACCCCAAACACCGCAUGGACCUGGUGGAGGAGUUCAACACUAACCCUGACGGACCACAGGUGAUGCUGGUGUCUCUUUGUGCUGGAGGGGUUGGACUCAAUCUCAUCGGUGGGAAUCACCUCUUUCUCAUCGACAUGCACUGGAACCCAGCCUUGGAGGAUCAGGCCUGUGACCGAAUCUACAGAGUGGGACAAAGUAAAGAUGUCACCAUCCACAGGUUUGUGUGUGACGGCACGGUGGAGGAGAAGAUCUCCACGCUGCAGGCGAGGAAGAAGCAGCUGGCCCAGAACGUGCUGUCGGGAACGGGAAGCACCUUCACCAAACUCUCCCUGGCUGAUCUCCGGAUCAUUUUUGGUGUCUGAGAUGGGAGAGAACCAGACAGCUGUUCAUACUCACAUUCAGGGUAUACGUCUGAAACAUCUUGAAAUAACCAGAUGCAAUAAAUGACCUAACUCUAAGAUGCUAGAGAGCUUAUUUUCCACCGUGUAAUGACGGGUUUCUUUACAAAAUGUUAUUGAACUUAAUGUGCCUUAACAUUUUAUUUCAGACUUUCCUUUACUUCAACUAUUUGUCCCUAAUUUCAGAACUGCUAUUAGCAUCUCUUUACUCAUGUUAUAGAUACAUGUUGUUUUAACUGAUGAUUUAUUUUAACAGCAUUCAUUCUGAAACUAAUAUGUUACUCCAAUGCAAAACUGUUUACUUUAAAGACCAUCAGUUUCUCUUAUUUUAUUUAUUUUUUAAGAGGCACAUGAAGCUGUUUAUAGAAGAGGAAAGCUUGAGUAUCUUAAUUUUUAUAAUUUUUUUUGCUCUUUAGCCGUUAAGAAGCAGUUUCCUCUGACAGCCACUGCAGCACUGUUGUGGAGUUACACUUAACAGCAUGAUCAUUUUAGAAAUAUUUGAGGAAUUUGUAGCUGGAUGAAACAGAAUCUGCAGUAUCUUUACUUAAAAUGUUGUAUCACAAGACAAUCAGGUGAUGUGCUCUUUUUUGUGUGUGGCAAAUAAUUAUGUAAUAUUUUUAAUUGUAUGUCCUUCAAUUUCUUAUUAUCUUAUUAUGUUAACUCACAGGGACACUCUGUCAAAGUUAUAUUCAUUUCUGAUUUAUGCUGGCUCAUUAUUGGUGUGAGGCAAAUAUUUCUUUCUAUUUGUGUGUCACCCUAUUUCCUUUAAAUAUGUUUUUAAAUGCCUUUAAGUAAAUAUUGAAAUAAAUGCAGAUGACUCAUUUCAUGUGACUGCUUGCUGUAUAAAGUCAUUUGAAUGGUAACUUGUGAUUUAUCAAUUCAAAAUGUUGGGAAAUCAUGUCAAAGUGUACUUUAAUUUGCUCCGGCUUGUUUGAAUUUGAGGAUUAAAUCAGAACUAUUUACUGCUUCCAAAAA